AUGUACGGUCGUAUCUGGGAUGGGCCUGGAGUAAUUUAGUACCCGGCACGUACCCGUAAAACAGCCAAAUGCAAUUUGGUAUUUUCUGGGCAAUGCGACUUUGGCAGCCGCCGCCGCCUCCAAAACCAAAGAUACAGAUGCAGCUGACGGCAAGCAUUUUGGGGCUUCUGGACGAGGCAACGCCGCUGGAAUGGCCUGGCGAAAGCAGCCGCCGCGUUGUACCGGUACUUGCGCAGCCCAGGCCUUCCCCUCGCGCCGCGGCCUUCCCUCCGCACAAGGCGGCGCGCGUGCUCCACCGCGCGAGGUACCGGGACCUCCCCACCCACACCCUUCUCUGUGGUUGCCCGUCCAAGCUCCAGCCGCUAAGUGGCCACCGCGCCCCAGUGGGCCUGGCCGACCUUGGUAGCAGGCUGCUAGUGCGGUGGCAGCGCGAGCGUUCCUAGGCCUACUGGCAGUAGGUGCUGCCGCCGGUACGGCCACUGGCGCUGGCGCUGUCGACGGCCCCAACGUCCACUGAAAGUGUG